AUGGAAUAUAUUGGUUUGAGCAAUUUAAGUGAUCUGGUGACACGUGGAUUUUUCAGAGAAGAGAAAGAUGAUGGUCAUUGGUACUGCUGUUGUGAUUUGCCAAAAGACUUGACCAACCUUGCAAAGUUGUGCCGUUUUUAUACCCCAAGUGAGGAGGCGCGUAGUUUGUAUGACCUAAGUGAUGAGAUGCAUUCUCAAAUUUGUAAUGUGGAGAAACUCAGAUUCUUAGAAGAGUUAAAGGUAUUUAGAGUCAGCAAAGAAAGUGAAGGAUUUGAACCAAAGCAACUAGAGCAUUUGGCUGAACUAAGGGAGCUUGGCAUCUAUAACCUUGAGAAUAUAAACAAGGAAGAAGAAGCCACCAAAGCAAAUCUAGGAGAGAAAAACUACUUGGAGAGCUUAACAUUAAAUUGGUAUAUGGCUCAUAUCCCCUGGACUGAAACUCUGCGCAAUGUGAACAUAAGUGAUGUAAAGCUACUAGAAAAGUUUGAGUACUCAACAUCAUCCUACAGUGGAUUUGAAAUUGAAAUUAUUGGAAAGGAUGAUCUGGAGAGCUUAGAUCAGGUGCUAGCAUUCAGUAACCUGGCAGUUCUCGAGAAGCUGAGACUUAGCAAGUUCCCACCUAUGGAUUUGAAGCACCUUCUAAUGCUAACCUCAUUGAAGAAAUUGGUUGUAGAUUGUUUAGAUGGUGUUGUUGGGCGAGUAGGAGAUGCGUGUGAUGUGGAAUGGCAGCACCGUGUUGAGCAUCUGGUGGUCCAGAAAUCAAGUGGGGAGGAAUUAACAGAGCUCCUCACCCACCUCCCAACGCUCUCCAAUCUGGGAAUCUAUAGGUGUGAAAAGAUAACACAGCUGUCAGUGGAGAUGCCCCAACUCUCUGUUGGCUCUCCUUCAUGCCGCCCUUUCCCAUCCUUCCUGCAAAACCUCGAUAUUGUCAGUGUGGAAGGCAUGGGGACGUUGGAGCCACUCUCAAACCUCACCUCUCUCACCCGAUUAUAUUUGGCGGACUGCGGAGAGGAUCUAAGAUGCAAGGGCCUAGGGUCUAUCAUUACUGCAAGGGGACAACUCAGAGAAUUAGUCAUCUAUAGCUUCCCUAGAUUCUUUGCUGGAUGGGAUCCUCAUCCCAGGAAGGCGCAGCUGCAUGAUGGAGGAGAAGUGCAGGAUCUGCAACAGCUUGUUUCCCCACUAAGUUCAUCCAAAUUGCAGAAGCUUUGUUUUGAGUGGGCCACGGGACUCCUUGUUGCGCCCAUCUGCAGAUUCCUGUCUUCCUCCCUAACCUGCUUGUUCCUUUAUGGGGAGAAAAAGAUGGAGCGCUUUACCAAUGAGCAAGAGGUCGCCCUUCACCUCCUCACCUCCCUCCAAGAACUCGAGUUUCGGUUUUUCGAAAAGCUUCAGAGCCUCCCUGCAGGGCUGCACAAGCUUCCCAGUCUCAAGAAAUUACAGCUCUCUUCAUGUCCAGCCGUCCGGUCGCUGCCCAAGGAUGGCGUCCCCAAAUCACUACAAGAAUUAGAUGUCGGUUGGUGCAAAAACAAGGAGCUAAGACAAGAGUGCAGGGUGUUAGUGGGAACCAUCCCAAGGCCUCUUCCUUGGAGACCUCUUGCACAUUCCUCAAGCCUGGUAGAGCUCAAGUCUCACCAAAUGAAUGAGGGUCUUCCCUUCCUGUACAUUUGUUCUCGUAGGCUUCUACAUACUCUGCAUUUAAAUUUCUGUGUCCAUCACUCAUCAGAACUAAUUUAA